GCUAGUUCGUUCGUCGUCGUCGUGAUCGUCGUCGUUCGUUUGUUCGUUCGUUCGUUCGUACGCGUUCAUACGUUCGUACGUACGUUCGUUCGCUCGCUCGCUCGCUCGCUCGCUCGUUCUUUUUUACUUCAUUUCGCGCGAGUUCCUACAAACGUGAAUCUUUCCGCAGAACGCAGAGGAACGCGACGAGGACGAUAGCGCACAUCGCAGUCGCGCUCUGCCACCUGACUGACAUGUCACGCCGUCUUUUCUUUCCUCUUCUUUCUUCUUCUUCUUCUUCUUCUUCUAUUUAUUCUAUUUCUUCUUCUUCUUCUUCUUUCUUCUCUUCCUCUUCCUUCUCCUUGUCUUCUUCUUCUCCUUCGUCUGACUCUUCUUUUUACUCUUCCUCUUCUUCUUCUUUAUCAUCUCUUCUUUCAUUUCUUUCUAUUCUUAUUCGUCGUACUCCAUCGUGAGUGAGAAAUCGCCAACAUUAAAGGACACUUCUUUUCUUUUUUCUCUCAAUUUAUUUUUUCCUUUUUUUCUUUUUUCAUUCCUCUAGUACUACCACUUCUUUUUCUUCUUUUAGCUUUUCAUCUUUCUUUCUGUCUUUCUUUCUUUUUUUAUCUUUCUUCUUUUUUUUUUUUUUUUUUUCUUUCUUGUCUUUUCCUCCCCUUUCUACUGUCGUCGCUUUUUUUUUUUAUUUAUUUUUAAUAUCGAUACGUUUCGUCAUUAAUAAUUUGUUAACCGGUGAAAUGAUGUUCCGCGUUUACGAGUAAAAGGGGGAUACGAUCUACGGUAUUGUAUCGCAAGAAAAUCCUUCGACGAUGAUUGGCUGCUGUUGCUGCCGCCGAUAUUGCCGUUACUGUUUCUACUUCUGUUACGUUGAACGAUCAAGAUUCUCUUUGGUGGAUCCGUCGUCCGAUUUUGGUGAUCGAGGAUGCGUGAAGCCGGCAAGCGGAUGAAGGAGUAAACUGAGAGGAGGAGGAGGAGGCGGAGGAGGUGGUGGAGGAGGAGGAGGAGGAGGUGGUGGUGUUGGUGGUUGUGGUGGUGGUGAAGGUGGAGGAGGUGAAGGAGGAGGAAGAGGAAAAAGAGGAAGAGAAAGGAUUUGUUAGGGAAAUAUAGUGAGAAAGCUAUAGACGCUAUGGUGGUGGAGUGGUUGUGUCCUGGACUAAGGCCCACCGGAAGCCGUAGGCCCCGGCUCCUCCAUUGCAAAGUGAUCCUUCUCGACGAGCAUGAAUUAUUACAGGACGUAUUGAGUUCCAAUCUCGGCCAGGAAUUGUUGGAUAGAGUAUUCAGGCAUUUGAAUCUCUUAGAAACUGCUUACUUCGGUCUGCGUUAUUUGGAUCAUGAAAAUCAAACGCAAUGGCUAGAUCCCAGUAAAAAAAUUGGCAAACAACUCAAAGUUCAAAAAGGGGAUCCAACCUCGGACGUUCAUACUCUUUACUUCGGUGUGAAAUUUUAUGCUGCUGAUCCAUGCAAACUCAUCGAAGAGAUUACAAGGUAUCAAUUCUUUCUGCAAGUGAAACAGGACAUUCUCCAGGGAAGAUUACCUGUAUCCUUCGAUCUGGCAGCCGAAUUAGGGGCAUACGUCGUACAAUCGGAAUUGGGUGAUUACGAUCCAAGAAGGCAUUCCUUAGGCUACGUUACAGAAUUUCGAUUCCUUGCAAAUCAAACGGCCGAGUUGGAGAAUCGAAUAGUUGAACUUCACAAGACGCUCGUAGGACAAUUGCCGGCAGCUGCAGAACUGAAUUAUCUCGAUAAAGUAAAGUGGCUCGAGAUGUACGGAGUUGACUUGCAUCCAGUAUUGGGUGAGGAUAGCGUUGAGUAUUUUCUGGGCCUGACGCCAAGCGGUAUAAUACUCUUGCGCAACAAGACCAAAGUGGGCAAUUACUACUGGCCCAGAAUCAAUAAAAUCUACUACAAAGGUAGAUAUUUUAUGUUGAGGGUCAGCGAAAAGAAUUCCGAAGAGAGGACCCAUGGUUUUAAGACACCAUCUAAAGGAGCUUGUCGACAUCUAUGGAAAUGUUGUUUAGAACAUCAAGCAUUCUUUCGACUAAUGGCAACUGGUCCACCACCACUUAGUCCAUAUUCACGUUUUCGUUCGUACAGUCCACCAAGUGGUACUGAAAAACAUGCUACUUCGAUAAGAAGAAAUCCACCACCUGCCUUUCAAAGGACACCUAGUCGAAGAGCACAAAGACGAGUAGUUGAGGGACAAGAAAUGGUUGGUCCAUUUGUCGAAGGCCCAACGACAAUUGGUUCUAAUCCAUGUAACAAUCAAGUUAAUGCUAACGUACUGUGCAAUGCUCAAAAUACAAGACAAGUUAGUAGUAGCUCAAGUCCAAGGAGUAUUAGAAGUGCUCCUUGGACUCAGAGUCAACCUCGUGGGCUUUACACGUCGUCUAGUCCUCGGUCGGUUCGUUCAGCAGGAACUGCACCGGCGCUCUUGAGCAGACUCCAACGUAGGAGCAGCUCCGUUGAGAGCCAAAGUUCUGGGGACAGUCAUAGUCGUGGUGGUCAUCGUAGAAGAAGUCAUAGUCAUAGCCAUCGGAGACAUAGUAGACAUUCCGAUUGCGAAUCAGAACUUUCCAGAGGAUCGGAUACGCGAUCAGGACAUCGAAAACAUCGUAGAAAGCAUAGAAGUUCACGUUCUUCUAGACACGAGUUGGUAGAUUCCGAACCUCAAUGGAGGGAAGCGCAAAGGCGUAAAGGUGAAGGCGUACAAAGAGCCAUCGUAAGCCAUACAGAGCCUAGAAGAAGGCAUAGAAGUAGACAUCGGAGUCCUUCUCAGAAGCAACCAUUACCGGAUGAGCUUAGAAAAUGCACAUUUUCCAGACAUUUGGAGUUUGGCCUAGUCGAUACCACUGGAAUGAGCGAACAGCAACGUCGAGAGAUACCUUAUACGGUGGUACAAUCGCAAUCUGUACAGCAAUGUCCCCUACAAUCUAGCAAUUCUCGUUUGGACGAUGCAGAAACGUCGUCCCUACCUAGAACAAUCGGAUCGCUCGGGAAAAGAGACAGAAGAGUGAUUCAACAUAUUCGCGAUGGAAGUUAUAAUUUCCCUACAACAAGAUCCAGUCAAAUUGAGACAAAGUAUCCGGACGCUAUAAGGAACGAUUAUAAUACAAGGAGGGACUUUUAUUAUACCCGUAACAACAGAAUAUUAAUAGGCAGUAAUGUGGACAGUGGGCUCGGAGAAAGUACACCGCAGGAGUUUUCAAGUUGCUGCUCAAGCUCUGCCGACAGCACUAAGCCCACUCGUGUAACGCAAUUGCAAUUAGGGGGAGAGGUGCACUACGAACUAUCUUCGAAUCAAGACAUCUACCCUCCUGUUGACACUACUCUGGAUGCUGUUCUUCAGCCAAUUAUAUCAACCUUGACAAGGAGGCAAAGGAGCCACCAGAAAUGAGCAUGAAGCUUUAAUUAAAAUUCUCAAGCCGAAGUUUAUGCACAUAUUGUAUAUUUAAGAAAAUUUUUAUACCUCAUGAAAUUAAAUAUCUUUAUAAUCGUUAGGUAACCAGUCAACUGAAUCUUUAUGAUAUAUAUAUAUAUAUAUAUAUAUAUGACACAUAAAAAGUUCGCUAAACUGAUGAAUGCACUGUGUGUUUACAUAUUAUUUAUAUUAUUUAAAAUGAUAUUCUUAUUAUUAUUAUAAUAACCUUCCUCUUUCACUCUCUUCAACUGUCUUUCGAUGCCAUAUGCCUCAUAAGAUUUCCUAUAAAUUUUUCCAUUUUCUUCAAAUCUUGAGCUAUUUCUGUCUUAUAUUGUAGACACUGAAAUCAAGAGAAAAGCUCUCCGAUAGUUUACGAAUAUUUUAAAAAUAUAAACUAUUUAAAUAAAAUUUAUUAAGAGCGAUUACUUACUGUACAAUUGUCUGUAAGUUUCAGCCAUAAAACACCUUUAUUAUGGCAAUAUUUCAUUGAAUAUCUGGCCUAAGAUAGAGAUGAAUAAUAAUAAUAAUAAUAAUAAUAAUAAUAAUAAUUAAUAAUAAUAAUAAUUAAUAAUAAUAAUAAUAAUAAUAAUAAUAAUAAUAUACGCUAUAAUCUGAUAUUUGAAUUAUUCUGAAAAUAUAAUUAACUAAAAACCAUUAUAUACCAAUCGAUCAAAAACCAUGCAUGAAUAUGUAUACUUAAACGCAAAUCGUGCAAUGAUUAUUGUUAAUAAUUGAAAUGUAUCUCUUGUGUCUGAAUGUAUUCUUCUUGUUAUAUUAAAUUCUUACAACAAAA